AUGGCUCCUAGAUUAGCUUAAAAAAAUUCUAAAUAAGAAAUUGAAAGAAUUUUUAAUUUAUUUGAUUAAUAAAAAUAAGGAAAAAUAACAUUCUAAAAUUUAAAAAAUAUUGCAGUAGAAAUAGGAGAGGAUAUAAAAGAUAAUGAACUUUAUGAACUAUUUGAAGAAGCUGAUAAAGAUGGUGAUGGCUGCUUAAACUUUAAUGAAUUUUAUAGAGUAAUGAAAAAAAGAGAUUAUCUAUUAGAUAUUUCCGAUAGUGAUGAUGAAUGA